GGCCUAUAAGAUAAGCGGAGAAAAAGGAAGCACGACGGGUGAACAAAUACGCCGGAGCACCGGGCAAGAUCCAGGGAAAACCUGAAGCGAAAUUAAGGACGGCAGAGACAAGUGCACCGCAAGCCGGCGGAAGAGAAACCGCAGCGGUUUUAAAUACGGAAUUGAAGUUAUUUAAAUCUGAUGUUAAUACUAUGUUGUUAAAAAUCUGCGCUCUUAAAAUGUGUGAUGCUUUAGUGUUGGAGAAAUUACAGCCUCUCUCCUUCUCUCUAGCUUCCACAUCGAUCACCAUAGCAGCCAAACCUCCCAAUUGGGUGACAGAGAGAGAAUUGGAGCAAAUUUUGGCUUUGAGGCUCAGAUACCUGUUUCCAGCAGGCACAAAGAGAAACCAGAUCCACUAUGGUUGCAAAACAGUGACUGCCCUGCCAAGAUAUAGAUUGAGUUCUCUAAAUGCCUCAAGAUUUGAUUUCCAGGAUCAUAAUUUGCCAUACUUUUUUGAAGCAUUAGAGAGGAAUGCAAAAUCACACUUGAACCAAGCACUCAAAAAGGUUCAAUGCAACCAAUUAUAGCUAGGUCGAUCCACAAGAGCGAGACUUUCAUGAAGUCGAUAAAGGUUAUUGAUAUGAAUCGUUUACUACAUUGGGGAUGACAUGUAUGAGACAAUGAUUGAAUUUGCAAGGCAUUUCAUGAAAUAUCUUGCAACUUGAACAACUCGAAUAUGAUAUGGGAACAAAUGACUAAUUUAGUUGGCUCAAUGGGCAAUUACGAUGUCCUUUU